AUGGCUUCUGCUGAUCUAAUAGACGAGCUACGCUGCUCCAUCUGCCUGAACAUUUAUACCGAUCCGGUAACGCUGAGAUGUGGGCACAACUUCUGCCGGGAAUGUAUUGACUGUUUGCUGGACACUCAGGAGGCGUCUGGACUUUAUACCUGUCCGGAGUGCAGAGAGAGAUUCCAGGAACGGCCUGUGCUGUCUAGUGCUAGAGCUCUACGGAACAUAGCGGAGAAGUUCCUAAUUUCUCAGCCCGUUCCGGAAGAUACCGGAAUCUAUUGUACUUACUGUUUAGACUCUCCUGUACCGGCUAUAAAAUCCUGCCUGCACUGUGAAAGUUCUCUGUGUGGCAACCAUUUAAGAGUCCAUGUCAAGUCACCAGAACACGUCUUAGCCAAUCCCACCAACUCCCCGGGGAACAGAAAAUGCUCAAUGCAUAAAAAAAUUGUGGAGUAUUACUGCACCAGAGAAAGGGUUUGUAUCUGUGUUUACUGUAUUGCCAUUGGAAUACAUAAAGGACACCCGGUGGAGAAACUGGAUGAGGCCUUCGAGAAGAAGAAAGAGAAGCUGAGGAAAGAUCUGGAGAUGAUGACCUCAAAGAAAGCAUGGGCUGAGAAACAAGUCCGGAGUCUGGAGGAACGCAAGACAGACGUAAAAGAAAAGGCAGCCGGUGUAACAGAGAGAGUCACUGCCCUGUUCAGAGAUGUCAGGAGAGAGCUGGAAGAACUCGAAAAGAGAGUCCUGAGUGAGAUUUCCAUGGAGACACAGAAGAUCUCACAAUUUGUCACCAAUCUGAUUCAACAGCUGGAGAUACAGAAGGACGAGUUGUCCAGGAAGAUGAGCGACAUUGAGGAAUUGUGUAAAACCUCCGACCCAAUGACCGUCCUGAAGGAUCCCAAGUCAGUUGGAGAGGACAUCUGUCAUACCGAGCAGGAGGAUAAUAUGGAGACAAUGAUUCCGAGGGAAGGCGAUUUCCAUGAGGAGAUCAUCAAAGACAGAAUACACAAAUUACUUGACCUGAUAAAAGAUAUUCCCAUCUGUAUACAACAACCAGAAGGUGUUUUACUUGACGAGGAAACAGCUGCUAAUGAUAUAAAGAUUUCAAGGGACUUAAAAACGGCAUCUUUAGUAGCAGUAAAACUAAAUCGUCCAGAAUCUCCCAAAAGAUUUAAAUACUAUCAGGUUCUAAGCAAGAGAAGUUUUUCUUCGGGGCGGCAUUGCUGGGAGGUGGACACCUGUUUUUCAAGUAGCUGGAGAGUCGGGUUGUGUUAUCCCAGUAUGGACAGGAAAUCGUAUAUUGGGGACAAUAAGGACUCCUGGUGUUUGCAAAGGUGUAACCAUGAUGAGUAUAAUAAGGUGCAUGAAUGUAAACGUAUUCCAUUUCAAUACAAGCCAACCAGUGAUAAAUUCCGGAUCUAUUUGGAUUAUGAGGCCGGGCAUAUUACUUUUUAUGAGCUGAGCGACCCAAUCAGACACCUCCACACCUUCACCACCACCUUCACCGAGCCCCUCCAUGCCGCAAUUUCUGUUUGGAAAGGAUCAAUAACCAUUAUAAACUAG